AUGGCCGACGGCAUGCCCCACGAUAUCCCCUCCGCUACUGUCCGCCUUAUAGCUUCGAUUCGCCUUCGCCCUGUCACGUACGAUCGACACUACGUCUCUCCGGGUUUCAGCCAAACAUCAGCCGAUAAUCGAAACGCGUACUUACAGCCUUUACAACAUGCGGUCUUUCAACAAAACCCCCGCCUGCUCCACCAGAUCUUCCACAACAACAUGUAUCCGGUCCCAGAUGCCGAUCUGGAUCAGUCCAUCACAGCCGCUGUGACCGCUCGUAUCAGUAGUGAUGGCGCAGAUCGCCAUCACCGCGAUCUAGAGGCUGAGAUCGGCCUGCAGAGCCUCAUUGUCGAUUUCCCGGCCAAAAUAUGCGAGUUACUGGCAGGGAAAUCGUCCGAAACUCGAUUGCACUCGCGUGUGUGGCGUAUCCAAGGCCUCGGAGUCGUUCGCCCCGACAUCAUCCUACGAACCACGUCGACUCGGGACAAAAAAAUAAUCGUUAGCAUCGAGGUUAAAACCAGCAAAGAGCUGUCGGUGGAAGAGAUGGAGAUGCUCGUUGAAGCAAUCCGUCACGAUUUGGUGUCGGUAGGGCGUGACGGGAACGGUAACCUGAUCGUGACGAUAGAUUGGGACCGUAUGCCGCCACAGUACCCGCGCAUUGGGCAGAGGGAUCGAAAUCACCAUAUCCGGGUUUGUGCUAUCCUCAGCCAGACUCUGUGUUAUCUCGUCCACAACCGUUGCAACCACGGCGUCAUUACAAAUUAUGAUGCGUGGAUUGCCCUUCACGUAGCCGGAACGCGCGCCUCUCCCAUCCUACAGGUCUCGGAUGUACUCUACAAGAAUGAUCAACCGACGGAAGACUCCCCUUGGUCCUCUCCGUUGGGAUUACUUAUAUGCUAUCACUUCCUCCGACGCCCGGGGCGAAUUGUUCUACCCAACGUGUCCAAGUUGAGAACAGCCGUCAAACAGGGGGUCUCACAAGGACGCCCGUCGAGGGGCACAGGGGGUCCUGCCAAGAUUCAAUCGUCACAGCAUCCUACCCCUCAAUCAGAGGCCGGGCUUUUCAGCAAGCGAAUCGGCGGAUCUUUCAAACGGAACGCCCAUCAAGAUGGGACCCGCUCAACUGCCAGUGCUGGCUAUAGUCACAAGUUGCAACAAUUACCUGCGCAGAAUAUGGUCACCCCACCGCUCAUUCACUCGUUGACCGGCACUGAUUCCAGCCCAGAACAACCAUCUCCAGACGACAUUCCCAUCACACGUCCUUUCCAAAUUGAGGGCUUAGGAAGGCAGGACGAACGUGCAGGGGUCAGCCUCGUUCUUGACUUUGAUCGCAUACGACUGUCGCAAGCCGCCGUCGGCGGGUGCCGUUUCCUUCACUUUAUGCCGAGCCCAAGUCUUCCCUUUCUAAGGCUAGAUCUACACGAUGAAGCCGGAUAUCUCCGUCAUCCUCAGUCUAACAAAUAUCCCUCCGACGAUACGAUUCUCUCCGAUGCUUUCGAGCACGAUCCUCCCACAUCCGGCUUUGUCGUCAGCGACGGCCUUUCGCAUGACGUUAACGGAUACUCGCUUGCGUCUCAUACGGAUAUCUGCUGGACCACAACAAUAACCUUGGAGGAGCCGUUGGACUCUGGGGCUGUAUGGGACGUUUACUACCCUUCGUCUCCACUCCAGACAUGCGUUGUCAAAGUCUCGGCGCCGGAAGCCUUUCCAGAUGACUCUGAUGUCCCAGUGUAUGGCUGUAUAACCCGUGCAAAGGCACUGCAUUCGAUCUCGAGGGAGUUGUUGGUUUACAACACGAAUCUCCUCGAUCUACAGGGCACAGUAGUCCCUAGACUGUGGGGGAUGUGGAAAGGCAGCCAACCCAACCCCGACGGCGGCACGAUUGACCUGUACAUCUCCGUGAUGAGCAAUCCAGGCUGCAUGUUGGCCCGCAACGAAUCGGACUAUAACGCGGAGUCUGACUGCAACGGAUCGGACCAUAACACAGAGUCUGACUGCAACGAAUCAGACUACGCAGAGUCUGACUGCAACGAAUCGGACUAUGACACAGAGUCUGACUGCAACGAAUCGGACUAUAACGGGGAGUCUGACUGGAGUGUAGAAGAAAAAAUGGUCAUAGUGGCACAGUAUACACGGCUGCAUAACGCCGGUGUUCUUCACGGUGAUGUCUCGCCUAGACAUUGGAUCAGAGCCGCUGGUGUUCCAUUGCCAACAGACUCGACCUCACCGCCGACACCCUCCAUUUUCCUCAUCGACUUUGGAUUCAGCGUGACUAUCGAUAUGCUUGGGAAAGAUGCAUGGGAGCAGGAGACGAGGAAGGAAAUGCAGCUGGUUAGGAGUUACCUUCACCUUUGA